AUGGACACCGUUGACCCUGAACGAGCUCCAACCACAAUACCAUCCACUUCUAGCAGAUCUCAGCUGGAAACUUAUCAACUCCUCGUUGGCGACACUAAUGCCCGCGAGUCCUCAAAUCCGAAUGACGAAUCUAUAUACCAUAUGGUCCUGGCAAAAGAACGCAAAGCUGCGGUUGUAUCCGUCUCUACUACUGCAAUCUUCUUCCUCAUGAUCAUGGCGCAGAUCGGCCUUUGCCUUGGCAUCGCUAUCGGCGCCCAGCUCGGCUUAACCAACAAACAAAUAUCUAUUCUCGCAGGUGUAAAUACGGGAGUGUGGCAGAGAGGAUACCUGAAGGCGGGCAUCGACGUCGACGCGGUGAAGGAGGCAGAUGAAAUGCAGAUGUUGGAGGAUGCGGCAAGAGAUGAUGCUCAGAUCAACUUUGCUGGCCUCGAGACCGUCAACAAAGGUGACCGGAACAAGAAGAUCGGGUAG